AAUCUGAAGCCCAAUAAUGUUAAUAACAAACCUUCUUUACCCAUUAGGGUUUUGGCCCCAAAAGAGAUGAGUAUAAAUUGCACCUCAAAUUAUUCGGAACCCUAACUCCCAUUACCACCGCGAUCAGCCACAGCAGAGAGCACAUCGGCGGACUGACGGCGGCGGAGGAGGCCAGUAACCAUGGUGCACGUCUCAUUUUACCGCAAUUAUGGGAAGACAUUCAAGAAGCCUCGUCGUCCUUAUGAGAAGGAGCGACUCGAUGCUGAGCUAAAGCUUGUUGGAGAGUAUGGUUUGAGGUGCAAAAGGGAGCUAUGGAGGGUUCAGUAUGCCUUGAGCCGGAUUAGGAAUAAUGCUAGAAAUCUUUUGACCCUUGAUGAGAAGGAUCCCCGUCGUAUUUUCGAGGGUGAGGCCCUUCUGAGGAGGAUGAACAGGUAUGGUCUGCUGGAUGAGAGCCAGAACAAGCUCGAUUAUGUCCUGUCCCUCACUGUGGAGAACUUCCUCGAGCGUCGCCUCCAAACUUUAGUGUUCAAGGCUGGCAUGGCCAAGUCUAUUCACCAUGCUAGAGUGCUGAUCAGGCAAAGGCACAUUAGGGUUGGGAGACAGGUUGUGAAUGUUCCAUCUUUCCUUGUGAGAGUUGAUUCCCAGAAGCACAUUGACUUCUCUCUCACAAGCCCCUUCGGUGGUGGUCGCCCUGGUAGGGUGAAGCGAAAGAACCAAAAGGCAGCUGCGAAGAAGGCGUCUGGUGGUGAUGGAGACGAGGAUGAUGAGGAGUGAGUGAGGUUCACUUUAUAAUGUUACUGUUGGGAGCAGUAGAUUGAGUCUUUCUCUACUACUUUACAUUAUCAGUGGUUUUGUUGAGAUAUUAUAAGUUAGGAUAAGUUGUUUCUUUGACAAUGGAUGUUAAAUGGAUGAAGUGUUAAAUUUUGCUAAUUAUAUUGAAGUUGGAACUUUUCUUAUUUUCUUUA